AUGCCACUCUGGGGUCGUAAGUCCACGGGGCCACCCCACACCCAAAAUGGGGAAGAAGAUCGACAUGCGCCAGAUCAAAGAUUCGAAGAACCUACUGAGCGCUCAAGACUGCUUCCAGAUAGAAAUGAGGGGUUCCUCAGCCCAGAUGAUCCUGCAGUAUCGCCCCACAAUCUAUGGAGCGUGCGCGUGGUACGUGGUGUGUCAGUCAUCGCAUUGGCAUUGAGCUUCAUAUGGUGGACAUUCCUGCUGGUCUCCAUAUUUGUUAGUCCUCCGAUGAUCCACACGCGGGGGUCGGGCUUCUUUGCCUUUUCAUAUACCACCUUGGCGACAGGAUACCUCGUCUUUGGACUCUUGUUCUUUGCAGUGCCAUCCAAGUCCAUGACAAUAUGGGCCAUUACGAUUGCCGCUCUGCUUUUGGUGGAUAUGUGUAUUAUCCUGGCCGUACCACGGAUCCGUCUUGAAGAAGGCUGGGUAGGAAUUGCUUCUGUCGUCUGGGUAGCUCUGAUCUCUAUCUACCAGGCCUUCCAGAACCGAGCAGUCGCUUGGGGGAAGCGCGAAGAGGAAGAGCGUCUUACUGGUCGGGAAGAGACUCGGCGCUCCCUUCUGGAAUGGAUUGCUGUUCUCGCUGAAACGAUUUUACUGGCUGCCAUGGCGAUCGCGGCCGUCAUGUUCACAGCGACUCUGAUCCUGCGUGCUUUCGAUGCCGGGCUCGAGUCUCCAGGUAAGCGAUACUUGGUGCAUGGGGAUACCUAUCAAGUUCAUCUCGCUUGUGUCGGGAACAAAACUGCAGACGACAAUGUACCAACGAUCCUGGUGGAGGGUGGCAAUGGGCCCGUCGAACAUACAUUCCAGCCGUUCAUCGAUGAUGUAUGCGGCCGUGGCGGUAUCAUCAACAGAUACUGUUACUGGGACCGACCAGGAUUCGGAUGGUCCGACAACGCCCCCUCGCCGCAUUCCGCGGGCAUGUCAGCAGACGUGCUGGGAGAGGCCCUGGCUCUUGCAGGUGAGACAGGCCCAUGGAUAGUUGUUUCUGCUGGAGUUGGCAGUCUUUAUUCGAGGCUGUUUGCCAGUCGCAAUCUUCUCGAAGUUCGCGGCAUCUUUAUGAUCGAUCCACUCCACGAGGCAUACCUUGGAGACAUAGGGCGGCCUAGUCGUGGAUUUUUGCUCUGGCUUCGUGGUAUAGUUUCUCCGCUGGGAUUGGAUCGGCUUGCGGGGGCCCUUUUGCGCGGCCGUUCUCGCCAGGAUCGCGUUAUCGGGCGUGCGGCUUACCAGUCUGGGAAAUACAUCAAAGCAAAGCUACAGGAAAGCCUUGUCGCUGUCACCAUGACUGCUGCCGAGAUCCAGUCCUCUCGCCACAUCCAGAUGGGUCAUGCUCCUGUAGUCGUUGUGAGCUCUGGGCAAGAAAUUCGAAAGAAUUCCCAGUGGGCAGAGCGACAGGAGGAUCUGUCUCAUAUUACAGAUAACCUUUUGUCUUGGGAUAUUGCUGAGGAUGCACCUCAUGAAGUAUGGACUACCGGACAGGGACGGGAGAUGUUGGAAAGACGCUUGAAGGAGCUUGUCCAAGAAAGCCAAGCGUAA